UGUCAGCUGUCACGGAAGUGAGGCAGUAUACCUUUUUUUUUUAAAUUCCUUUUCGUUGCUGUUUGCAGGGAUUUAUUUGCUUCACUUAGUAUCGACGGAUCCUGGAGGAAGACAACCAAACUGGACAGGGCGUUGGACGUCGUGGGGUAUAAGCCGGGCUCAGCCGGGGCGCUGACCCCUCAGAAGAAAAUGAAGAAGAGGAAGGAGCUGAACGCCUUGAUCGGCCUCGGGGGGGACAGCAAGAGGAAGAAAACGAAGAAAGGCUCCGGACACCGACUCCUGAGAACCGAGCCCCCGGAUUCAGACAGCGAGUCGAGCUCGGAGGACGACGAUGACGAGUUCAGCAGUCUCAGUGGGGCUGCUGCUUUUGGAAAAAGGAGUUAUGCUCGAUGCUGUAACAUUUGCUACCCCUUAUGCACGUUCAUCAUCCUCGUGGCAUGUGUGAUGGCCUGUGCGGGCUUGAUAUGGAUGCAGGUGGCCCUGAAGGAAGAUCUGGACUCCUUAAAGGAAAAAUUUCACACAAUGGAAUCCAGCCAAUCAGUAUCAUUACAUGAAAUACCCAAACUAAAUGAGGACCUGAAAGGGGAGCAGAAGAGACUUGAACUCCUGGAGAAUGGAGAUAUGGGUUUGAAAAAGCUGUGGUCAAAUAUAACAGAAAUAAACAAAAAGAUUACUUUACUUGACACUGCUGUCAGCCUCUUAAAAGCCAACAUAAAAUCAGCUUCAGAUAUAAUCAACCUUCCAACCACCAUUGAGGCACUUCAGAAGAGUGUGGCUACAAUUGGGAGUACACUAACAAGUGUGCAGCAUGAUGUGAAUACUCUUCAGACUGGUGUGGAGGACCAGAUGAAAGCAGUGAAUAUUCUGAAAAAGGAAAUGGUUGAAAGACAGAUCAAAGGAGACAAAAAUCCAAAGGACAAAGUGGAGUGUCCUGCAGAAAAAGUAGACAACUGUUCAUCUCUUUUACCUCUGAAGCAGGAAGUGUUAUCUUUGCAAGAUGCCCUGAGCAAGACCAAUGCCACCCAAAGGCAGUACCAAUCCGAGGCAGAUGAAACUAUUCACAGCCUCAAUUCCUCCAUCACCACCCUCAUCCACAAAGUGUCCUUCCUAGAAAGUGGCUUUCUCCUUUUGAAUACUACACCAAGUUCCCAUCUUACUGGCUCUCCACAGACAAACCCAGGAGACAAACUUGUAUCAGGCAAAGGUGAAGCAGCCAACAGGGUCAGGUUCACUGAUCCAGAAAGCUCUCCAGAGGAAGAUGUUAAAAUCCCCUAUCCUGAACCUGCAGUUAACUCUGCAGGAGGAUUCCUGCCGACUAAGCCCCUCAAUCCAACCCGGCGUCCUCGAUUUCUGUCUCAAAGUGUCUCCAAGAAGGAGUUGGGUAGAGAGAACCAAAUUCCCAUCUCCUUUCCUGGGAUCAGCUCUUUAAAAGAUCUUGAAAAUGUCUUCCACAAUGUAGAGGAGGGUGCCUUGUCAUAUGAUGAUCUGAAGAAGACUUUUGGCCUGGACAUUCCUGAAGUUCAGCUCUUGGAGCAAUUUGACACCGAUGGUGAUGGGAAGUUCUCCCUGCUGGAGCUCCGGUCCGCGACAGGGCUGUAAGACAGGUGCCACACAGGACCUGAGUGAAAGUAUUAACUGGAUCAUAAUGGGGUUCUUCGGUUUACAAGGCCUCACUAAUUGCACUUUUUAAAUGAGUAUUUUGCUUGACUGAAAUACGACAGGCAGGCUCAUAUAUGGUUUUCACAGUAUGCAUCUGCCACUCAAAUAUCAUAAAACUUUUCCAAGGUUGCUUUGAUUUAAUUUGUUUUUGUUGUAACUUAGCAAAAACCACAUUUGGCAAGCUAUUCUUUAGGAUGAAUUACCUUCUAAAGUUUUAAGCAAUUUUGCAAUUUGACAUUCUUAAACUGAAUGAUUAUCAGUUGUCAAAUUCAAGUUUUUAUUGAAUUGUAAUUCCCCUCCCCCAUAUCAAGUAUGAUUUUCUUGAUACUCAUGGAAUCAGUAAAGUCUGUUUCUAUUUAUAAUUUGGUUAUUUAUUAGAGUGGUGCUGUAAGAUAUUACUACUGCUUUCAGAAACCCUGGUAUUGUUUUUCUGUAACCUCAUUUUAAUUCCUUUGUUUACAAUGGAUUAGUUUUUGAAGGGCUAUAAAUAAAAGCUUUUAGACAGUUAGGACACAGUAUUUUAACUAUAAUAUGAUUGUCAAGUAGCAAUAAUGCACAGACUAUGAAUUAUCAGAGCAGAGUUCAUUUUUUUUGUUUUUCUUUUUUCCCUUCAAUUAAUGUGUCACACGAUCAAUCUGUCUAGGCUGAGAAGUAGACAUAUGAAUGCACAGGUAAAAACAGGUAGCAAAAGAAGCACUGACCACCGGUCCGAUGAAGCAGUGUGAAUGUUGAGCUGUUUCAGGUAGAAGCUGUGUAUAAAACACUUAUGACCGUACAGCAUUUGUUUCCUAUGAAUUUUGGUACCGUUCUCUGGUGACCAAUGCUUUGUGAAUGGGGACCCAUCAAAUUAUGUAAUACUGUCUUUUGUAUAUAAGGUUUUUGUUUGUUUGUUUGGGACAGGGGAAGGGAAUCUGUAUAAAAUAAGUAUCAUUGUAUAUUCUAAUGACAAUGAUUUUAUUAACUUGUGCUAUGCAUGUUAAACACUGUAAUAUUAAU